GGCGAUUUGUCGAGUAGUAUAUCCCGGUCGACCUGUUGCGAUUGCUCUUGACACGAAAGGGCCCGAAAUCCGAACGGGUCUCAUGCGUGACAAUAAUGAGCUUCCAAUCAGCGCUGGCCAUGAGAUGAUCUUCAGCACAGAUGAAAAAUAUGCUGAGACUUGUGAUUUGAAUGUAAUGUAUGUCGAUUACAAGAAUAUUACCAAAGUUAUCGAAGUAGGAAAAAAUAUAUAUGUGGAUGAUGGUGUUCUUUCGUUUAAAGUAUUAGAGGUUCAUGAUGAUUUUGUCAAAGUUCGUGCCAUCAAUAAUGGAAAACUUUGUAGUAAAAAAGGUGUAAAUUUACCUGAUACAGAUGUGGAUUUACCAGCUGUAUCUGAAAAAGAUAAAAAUGAUUUAUUAUUUGGUGUAAAAAAUGAAGUGGAUAUGGUUUUCGCUUCUUUUAUUCGUCAAAGUCAAGAUAUUAAAGAUAUUCGAAAAAUUCUUGGUGAAGAUGGAUGUGGAAUCAAAAUUAUUGCAAAGAUCGAAAAUCAACAAGGUGUCAACAAUUUUGAUGAAAUUUUAAAGGAAGCUGAUGGUAUUAUGGUUGCUCGUGGUGAUCUUGGUAUCGAGAUUCCUCCAUCUCAAGUUUUUGUUGCACAAAAAAUGAUGAUUGCUAAAUGCAAUCUUGCCGGUAAACCAGUAGUAUGUGCAACACAAAUGUUGGAGUCUAUGACAUAUAACCCAAGACCAACACGUGCAGAAGUUAGUGACGUUGCAAAUGCUGUAUUGGAUGGUGCAGAUUGUGUUAUGUUAUCUGGUGAAACUGCGAAAGGAUCUUAUCCUAUCGAAGCCGUAAAAAUGAUGCAUGAAACAUGUAUCACAGCUGAAUCGGCUAUUUGUUAUCCACCUCUCUUUCAUCAGCUGCGUGCCCUUACUCCUUUACCAUUGGAAACGGCUGAAGCUGUUGCUUGUGCUGCAGUUACCGCUGCAAAUGAGACACAUGCAGGUUGUAUUCUUGUCUUAUCCACGUCAGGAAAUACUGCACGUUUAAUCUCUAAAUAUAAGCCUCGUUGUCCGAUCGUUACUGUCACGAGAAAUGCCAAAACUGCAAGGCAAAUUCAUCUUUACCGAGGUUGUUACCCUUUCAUAUAUGAAAAGCCUAGAACUGAUGAAACCAAUGAAACACGUUGGCAGGAAGAUGUUGAAAAUAGAAUUCAAUGGGGGAUGAGUCUUGCUGUUACGCAUAAGAUACUUGAAAGUGGUGAACCGGUUAUUGCCAUUCAAGGCUGGAAAUACGAUCGAAUAUCCUUAAAAAAACAUUGUUCCUUAAAAGUAUUUGAUCCACGCGGUGCUUCAUAUGAUAGUAAUAAAGCUGCUUAUGUGUACAAACCAUCUAGUUAUACCAGUGCCGUUCAUUUAAGAUGA